AUGUUGGCUAAGAACUCGGAGCUCAAGGAAGCCAACCAUACUGUUGCCUCGCUUGAGAAGCACUUCAACCGGUGGUUCCACUACCCGAUCGUCUUCCUCAACGACGAGCCAUUUGACGACCGUUUCAUCGAAGCGUUGAACAGUACGGCGAGCGGAGAGGCAACAUUUGAAGUGAUUCCGCAGGAAGACUGGACAUACCCCACGUGGAUCAACCAAACAGCCGCGAAGAGUAGUAUCGUCGAGCAAGGGGCGCGGGGCACCAUGCAUGCAGGUCAGGAAGGUUAUCACCACAUGUGCCGUUUCUAUUCAGGGAGUUUCUACCAGCUCGAAGCUCUGCGAAAGUACAAAUGGUACUGGAGACUGGAACCGGACGUCGAUUUCCUCUGCUCGAUUACAUACGAUCCGUUUGUGGAGAUGGCUCGGCGAAAAAAGGUGUACGGCUUCACAAUCUCCUUAUGGGAAGAAUGGGACACGGUGCCGUCACUCUUUCGACAGACAGCUGAGUUCAAAGAAGCGCUCAAUCUGGCGUCGUCGGCUCUGUGGAAGGCCAUGAUGGAGCCGUCAUGGCUUCCAUAUCCGCUGCGGCCGCUGAUGAGUCUGCUGCCACACCGCGAUCAAUCUGGCGACGCCUGGAGCGGCUGCCACUAUUGGAGCAAUUUCGAGAUAGCAGAUCUCGACUUCUUCCGCGGAAAACAGUACCAGGCUUUCUUCAAGGCGCUUGACGAUACGGGAGGUUUCUAUUUCGAAAGGUAUUUCGUGGUGGGCAAAGAAUGGGACUUGGGGAAGAAGGCUUGGAGAUGA